AUGUCUCGCUUCCUCCACCUCUCCCUUGCCCUCUCUUCCAUAGUAUGGCUACCUAUAUGCACUCAAGCCCAUAUGCAGAUGAGCUGGCCAUACCCCCUGAGAAGUCCCCUUGACCCCGACGUCCCUGUGGACGAGAAAGACUAUGAUAUGACAUCCCCGCUGUUGGCGGACGGUUCUAACUUUCCUUGCAAGAAUUAUCAGAAUGACACAGAUGGAUACGUGACCAAAGCUACUUAUAUUUCCGGCGGCACCUACGACAUGUGGCUAAAUGGGACCACCGAACACGACGGAGGCUCUUGUCAACUAUCUUUGUCUUACGACAAUGGAGUUUCGUUCAAAGUCAUCAAGUCUAUGAUCGGCGGAUGCCCCUUGACACACAACUACAACUUCACGGUUCCCAGCUUUGCGCCUUCUUCGGAUUCGGCUCUGCUUUCCUGGUCCUGGUUCAAUCUCGUUGGAAACAGGGAGAUGUAUCAAAACUGCGCCAGAGUCCAGAUCAUCAGUGGACCGAACCAGCGGUACCGCCGAGCUUCUCCCUACAGACGACAAGCUUCUUCCAUGGAUCAGCUACCGGACAUGUUCGUGUGCAAUGUUGGCAAUGGCUGUCAGACCAUCGAAGGGCAAGAAGUGGUUUUUCCAGAUCCCGGUAACGAUGUCGUCUAUGGUCAGGAUGCAAUUGUUCCCGGCCCGGGUCCGGGCUUUACCAUCCAGGGUGCCGCUAUUUCGACAAGCACAAGUUCAGACUCUGGGGCUUCCAGUACCGCUGGAUCUACGUUAUUAGACGCUUCCGCAACGACAACCUCUAAUCCCUCGUCCUCGACUACGGCAAUUGGAACUACAAGCACGGCCCCAUCCACAACUACUACUGGGUCUGGGUCAGCGGCGAUGUUCUUCACCAAUCUUUCCACCACUCUGGUCACAACCACAACCGCAACUACAUUCCCUUCCUUGCUUUUAGCUGACAGGACAACCACUUCAUCCCCCUUCUCCUCAAGAACUAGCUUCGCUACUAACGAUGCAGGAACCAUGACUAACUCUAAUGUUUUAUUGACUUCCCCAACGACGACGACUGCGACGACAACCAUAACAACCAUGACAACCACUUCAUCCCCCUUCUCUUCAAGAAAUAACCUCGCUACGAACGGUACAGAAACCAUGAUUGACUCUACUACUUUUACGACUUCCCCGAUGACGACGGCGACAACAGCGGCCACGACCACGGCAUCCAACCUUGCGAAAUCCGACUUUGUAGCAUACUCGACGACUACAAGUACGACCCUCACGACUUCAGCUAUAAGCACCUUGACGAGCACUUUCUUCACAUUCCCUAUAACGAGAGACACAAUACCAACCACUUUUACGACCUUGGCCCGCGUCGCCAGCACCAGCACCAGCACCAGCUCCACUUCUGCCACAUCUCUCCCCCUCCCCUGCGUCCCCGGCACUUUCACCUGCAACACCCUUUUCAGCUUCUCCCAGUGCAUCGCCACAACAACGGGAACGACAUAUAUCCACAUGGGCCCCGUCGCCCCCGGCACGACCUGCGUAAAUGGCCAAAUCGUCCGCGAGAACGACGGGCCUUGCACACCCAACGGUGCGUUGUUCUGCAACGGGGAAAGGUCGUUUUAUAUGUGCGACCAGGGUGGACUCGUGGACAUGGGCCCUGUCGCCCCGGCGACGGUCUGUCGGGAUGGGGAGAUUCUCGCUGCACGAUGA